AAUCCGAUAGUAUUGAAAGGGCAGUGGAGUUUCACUACUCAUACCUCCUCCUGCCGCUGACUGACCAUUUCUUCGAACAAAACAACAACAGACCAUCCUCAAAUCAACAGAGAACAAACAACGAAGAAAAAAGGAUGCCGUUGAGUGCAACAAUGGUUGGAGCCCUUUUGGGAUUAGGCACCCAAAUGUACUCUAAUGCCCUCCGCAAACUUCCUUACAUGCGCCAUCCGUGGGAGCAUUUGUUGGGUAUGGGAAUAGGAGCAGUGGCUGCUAAUCAGAUGGUGAAAUGGGAAGCUAAGAGUAAUGAAGAUCUUGAUAAGUUGCUUGAGAAAGCUAGGCUUGCUAAUGAACGCCGUUAUUUUGAUGACGAUGAAGAUUAAUACCAUCGGUGGUUUCCAAAGAAUAUGUUGUGACAGCAGCUUAUGAAGGGUCAAGUUGUUUUCCUCUUUGUAAGGUUGCAGUACAUUGAUCUUUGUAUCGGCGAAUAACACUUUGCAAUAAUCAUAUUUGAAUGUCUUGCAAAAUGUGUUCCUAAUAAUGAGAUUAUUCAUAGUUUCCUAUGACUCUUUGGAUCAUUAUAUGUUAUAAAGCUCAAAUUUCUUAAACAUAAAAAGACUUUCUUUUGGAUCGCA